AUGGCACUGCCGUGUUUCGACGCUCCCAAUUUCAAGGCACAGUUUGACGUGACCCUCGUUCAUCCAAUGGAUAUGAUUGCAUUAUCAAAUCAGAUCGUCGUUUCCAGUCAGGUGUCUAAGGUUUGGGCUCCUCCCAACGCGUUCAACCAGACCAAGUUUUCCACUACCGCCGGUCCAGUGGCGUUGGAUUAUUACGCACAGCAAUUUGACCAACCGUUUCCCUUGAAGAAACAAGGUUACGUCGCUUGUGUGUUGUGACU